CUCUCUCUCAAUCUUCUCCGUUUUCUUCUCAACAUUCUCAACAAGAACCCUAAUCUCUCUUCUCAACAUUCCGAGUCUCACCCUAACCCUAACUGUACCCAUAGAGAAUUCUAAUGCCGCCUCUAAAGAAGAAAAUUAGGUUAAAGAGGAGGAGAGGAGUAGGAACGACGGAGGAGCCGACAACAAAGCCAAUCGAUGGGGGAACGAUGGAGGAGCCGACAACGACAGAGGAGCCAUCAUCGACGGAGCAAAAUCCAAAAUUGAGGGAGGAGGAGUUGAAGAACAAUCCCGACCAUCAGUCCGGUUUUAGAGGCAAUGGAAGAAGGGAAGUCUGACAAGAAUGAGGAAGAAGAGAGUGAAGAAAAUCAAGCUUUCAACUCGGUUCUAUAUUCACGAAGUGUUGACUACAUUAGAUAAGUUGCAGCCUGCAAUGAGCAAGUCUGAGAGGGCAUGGUUUGAGAACCAUCUGAGUUUCCAACACAUCUUCCACAUGCCAAGAGACCCAAACCACCGACUUAUGGGUAUGUGGAUGCUCCUUCUUCGCACGGCGCACAUUAAAAGGAAGAAAGAACCGUGGUUCAUCGUCAAUGGCGUUUCAAUCCGAUAUGGUAUAUCGGAACACGCAUUGAUAUCGGGCUUCAAUUGCAAGAACUAUGGAUUUAUACACUUGGGUAUAAAAAUCAGGGAAAACUUGGAUUUCAAGAAGAAGCAUUUCAAGAAUAUUGUUGUGAAACACGAAGACGUGAGAGAGAAGCUCAUAGGAAUGGUACCGUUGGGUGAAAGAUCAAAAGAAAGGUUGAGGAUGAUGGUUUUGUAUUUCUUAAGCAACAUUAUCAUAGCGCCUAUCAAGACCGGGGAUAAGGCACCUCAAGUGGAUGAAUUUUGCCUCAAGGCUGUGAGUGAUCUCACAUUUUGUAGGAAUUUUCAGUGGGGGAGGUAUUCUUUCGAUUACAUGUUAGGAAACAUCUCACACCCAGUGAAUCAUUUUAAUGGUUCAGUCACCAACAACGAAAAGUACAUAUGGCCAGUUCCGGGUUUCUUUCUUUCGAUGGAGGACCAGAUCAGGGAUGUCCUAGGAUGUGCAAGGUGAGGUUCAAGAAGAGAAGGACCAAAAGAAGAAUGGUGAUCCGAAUGAGAAGGAUGGUAAUCAAGAGAAAGAUGGUGAUCAAGAGGAGGAUAGUGUCCCGAAAGAGAAGGAUCAAGAGAAAGAUGGUGUCCCAAAAGAGAAUGACCCGAAACAGAAGGAUGGUGAUCCUUCGAAACCCGUGGAAGCAAAAUUCACAAAGAGGACCAUUCAGAGUACCAAGAUUUGAAUCUUUUUGUUUUGUUUAGAUUUAAAUUUUUGGAAUGUUAUUUUAGGAUUUGAAUUUGGUUUGUUUUGUUCGGAUUUGACUCCCGGUUUGUUAUGUUAGGAUUUGAAUUUGGUUUGUUUUUUUGGAUUUGAAUUUGGAUAUGAAUUUGAAUUUGAUA